AAACAGCGCCCUCUGUAGUCAUUGUAGCAGCGUGAACAAAAUGGCGGCCCCCACGAAUUCAUUGGGACUGGGAGUUUAUGUUGAAGUUCGUCAGCAAAUUCGCGCCGUACAAGCUGUUUUGCGUAUAAAUUCGUCGGUGGUGAAUGACGAUACCCGCAGGCCAGAAAGGUCAGAAACGCAGAACCCCGGCAGAGUGCAGGUAGAGAUUCACCCGGAGACGCUGCACUUUGUGACUUCAUCCGAUGACUGCCGCAGUGUCUUCUCUUUAGCUCCGAUCAGGAUCCUGCCUAAAACCUGCAACGGCCUGAAUUGGGUGGAGGAUGAAGGCCUUCACAUGAGGCUACAGUUGGCGGGGACCAGGGAAGCAGGGAACCAGCUUGAGCAGGAUGAAGCGAGAGAGAAAGAAGAGCUUGAUUUCUUGAGGAGCACAGCUUGUGUCGUGGUGUGCGGAGUCUGCAGUGGCAAAGUUGCGACCAAUCCUUGCAUUUUUGACAGGGUUCUGCCCCUUCCGUCGGAAAAUUGGCGAGAGAUGUCCGAAACCUGGUGCUGCCAUGGUAACGAAGGAACCCGGACGUUUGCCAAUCGGUCGCUGAGACCACAGGAAAGAGAUUGCCUUGUGGGAAAUCUGUACUUCCUGUUGCAUCCCAGCAUGCUUUGCAAGGACGCUGUACUGCUCACGUCGCAAAAGGGAAAACAAAGGAGCUGUGGUGUAGCGGCAGAGAAGAGUGAGACACUACAUCUUUUAUGUAGGAGAUGCCGUUCAUCCCUUGGUGAAGCCGUAGCAGAUGUCAAUAUACGUGAAGGUGAGGAAUGGCAAGCUGUCCACUCUCUGAAGCUCUUCAAGCACAGUAUACGUAUGCAACCACAAGGAGAGGAUCCAGCAACCAAGAAUGUAUUCAACUCUUAUAACACCGAAUUCUACCUCGCCAAGCAUCUAGCCUCAUUGUCUCAGAUGAACACAACGUUUAAAUUCAUUCUGGAGGAGGAGUCUAGCAGACAGCCAUAUUUACUGCUGUGGUUGCUAAGCUCGGACACUCUACUUCUAACCAGCGAUGCCUCGCCGGUUGGUUACUCUGAUGCCCGUUUCCAUGGUUACCAACAUCAGAGAGCCUGCGACGUCUCAAAUGCGGCCCAGUGUAGUUGCGGUGAAUGUGGCUGUAUAGGAGACUCUGAGAUUAAAAGGCAAGCUGUUGACGCACAUAGGAUUGUCAAGGUGCUGUACCAAACAUCAUGGGACGAGGAAGGAAAACGGUUGCAUGCUCAGUGGAGUAAAGACCUGUCCAUCAUGUGUAUACCACUGCCCAAAGCUACGUGUUUAGAACUGAUGUUACUGUUAGCUACUAGUCAUCAACAUACACCGGCCUCAAUGAGGAACAUGAAUGGUUUCAAGGUCGGAUAUCUUCGCUAUUGAAGCAGCGGGCGGAUUGCAUCGUUUUGACUUUUGUUGACAUUUAACCUGGUGAUUUCAAACAGGUCCUUCUCCAUUAUCCACAUAAAUGAUGCAGGUAGGAGAUCAUAUAAGAAAAAACGUUUCCUUUAAAACAAAUGUGUACCUUCCACCUUAAUUUCAUUUGGUGGACAUUUUCAUCAUUGUCGUCAGUUUCUUUGGUAGCUGUAGUCUUAACUUUCGGAGCUUACGUGUCAAAGUUUUCGACUUGUUAUUAUGAAGACUGUAGAUUAAUCUCAGUGAUGAACGAUUAAAAAUCUUUACAGAACCUGUUUACAAAAGGUUAAAAGGUAGUAUCUAAACGGCCUUUGUGGCGUCGUUGUAUGGAAAAAUCUAUAUUUUUACCUGAUAGGAUCGGUUACUUCUUUUAAAGAACCACCUGUAUGUCCCACCAUAAGAAAUUCGCUGGCUGCUCAGGUAUAACACUUAAGAAAGUUACCAUCAUAAUUAGGGUUGUGUGAAUUCCGCGGAAGAUAGUAUACACUUUUGCUAACGUGAUAAAACCAUGUAUGAAAAAUUGCAACAUUGCGGCAUACCUAUGUCAGCAAUGCUCUAUCUAUUCAGUUGAUCGUGCCAAAUUCAAAUCUAGUUUUUUUGUGAUUUCAUUCAGAUUGAGUAUUUUUGGCUCGUUGAAGUUUUUCUUUUCUUCAGAUUGUUUUAUUUCAAAUGGACAUUUCUCUUCAUCACACGAUUACAAGUUGGUUUAUUUUAAUUGUAGAUAGCAAGGUUCACACGUGUACACAUUGUCGCUAGACGCGUUUCUUUUUCUUUUCAACGUAACUUUAGUCUUGCCUUUGUGGGCUGCUGACAUAUAUUAAAGUAAAGAGUAAAACAGUUUUCUGUCAUAAUGUGACUUUUAUUUUGUUUUCUGUCUUUUAUGUUUUCCUCAUCAUGGGAAAUAAACAUUACGUCACUGUAAACGGUGGAUACACAAAUUCCCAA